ACUGCGUAGAGUCACAGGGCGGACGGCGAGGCGAGUGAGGUUCGGCUUGGAGUGCAGCGGGGAAGCGGUUGGAGAGAAAAGAGAAGGAAGAAGCCGCGCGCUUCGCGACCGAGCCGCUCCCUCUCUUUCCCGCCGCGUCUCCGGAACGUCGUGGGGCUCCUUCCCCAGCUGUGAGCGGGCGCGCGAGACUGAGGAAAAGGGGUGAUGCGUUUCCCGCUGGCGGCCAUCUCCACCGCUCCCGCAGCCGCUGCUUCCACCGCCGCAGCCGCUGCCUCCACAGGGUCCUAGAGCAGCUCCAGAGGGGAGUUUUUCGUCCCCCGCUCCUCCCGCCUCGCCCCCACAUUGACCGGAGAGUGGGCCCUUAGUGGCGGGAUCCCUCUCGACAUGACCCGUGAAGCCAACCUCACUCAUUCCUGAGCAGCCGGCGACGCUUUUCCGCUUCUCGAGCCGACCCCCCCACCCCAGCGAGUCGGUGUGGGCGAGUGACGGGCCGUCGGAGAUGGGAGUGAACUCGGUGCACUGGUUCCGCAAGGGGCUUCGACUCCACGACAACCCGGCGCUGAGGGAGGUCACCCAGGGAGCCGACACGGUGCGCUGCGUCUAUAUCCUGGACCCCUGGUUUGCGGGCUCCUCCAACGUGGGGAUCAACCGGUGGAGGUUUCUCCUUCAGUGUCUUGAGGACUUGGAUGCCAACUUGCGAAAACUAAAUUCUCGUUUGUUUGUGAUUCGAGGACAGCCUGCAGAUGUAUUUCCUAGGCUUUUUAAGGAAUGGAACAUUUCAAAACUUUCUAUUGAAUAUGACUCUGAACCAUUUGGAAAGGAGAGAGAUGCAGCAAUUAAGAAGUUGGCCACUGAAGCAGGGUUGGAAGUCGUUGUGCAGAUAUCGCAUACUUUAUAUGACUUAGACAAAAUUAUAGAAUUAAAUGGAGGGCAGCCACCUCUUACGUAUAAGAGAUUCCAAACUCUAAUAAGUAGAAUGGAACCAUUGGAGAUGCCUGUGGAAACUAUUACUGCAGAAGUAAUGUCAAAAUGUACCACCCCAGUUUCUGAUGAUCAUGAUGAGAAAUAUGGUGUUCCAUCACUGGAAGAACUAGGUUUUGAUACAGAUGGAUUGCCUUCUGCUGUUUGGCCAGGAGGAGAAACAGAAGCACUCACGAGACUGGAAAGACAUUUGGAAAGAAAGGCUUGGGUAGCAAACUUUGAACGACCUCGAAUGAAUGCAAAUUCCCUUCUCGCAAGUCCAACAGGACUUAGUCCUUAUCUACGUUUUGGCUGCUUAUCCUGCCGCCUAUUUUACUUCAAAUUAACAGACUUGUACAAAAAGGUGAAGAAGAACAGCUGUCCUCCUCUCUCCCUCUAUGGCCAAUUGUUGUGGCGUGAAUUCUUUUACACAGCAGCAACUAACAAUCCACGAUUUGAUAAAAUGGAAGGCAAUCCCAUAUGUGUGCAGAUCCCGUGGGACAAAAAUCCUGAGGCUUUGGCCAAGUGGGCAGAGGGUAGAACAGGAUUCCCUUGGAUUGAUGCUAUAAUGACCCAGCUGCGUCAGGAAGGCUGGAUCCAUCAUCUUGCCAGACAUGCUGUGGCAUGCUUCUUAACUCGAGGUGAUCUAUGGAUUAGUUGGGAGGAAGGAAUGAAGGUAUUUGAAGAAUUGCUUCUUGAUGCAGACUGGAGUGUAAAUGCAGGCAGUUGGAUGUGGCUGUCUUGUAGCUCAUUUUUCCAGCAAUUUUUCCAUUGUUACUGUCCUGUGGGUUUUGGCAGAAGAACUGAUCCUAAUGGGGACUAUAUCAGACGGUAUCUACCUAUACUCAGAGGUUUUCCUGCAAAGUAUAUAUAUGAUCCCUGGAAUGCCCCAGAGGGAGUCCAGAAAGCUGCAAAAUGUAUAAUUGGAGUAAAUUAUCCAAAGCCAAUGGUGAAUCAUGCUGAGGCAAGUCGAUUGAAUAUUGAAAGGAUGAAACAAAUCUACCAGCAACUAUCCCGAUACAGAGGAUUGGGUCUCCUUGCUUCAGUGCCUUCUAAUGGAAACGGAAAUGGAAAUGGUGGUCUAAUGGGAUAUUCUCUAGGGGAAAAUCCCCCUGGUUGUACAGGUGCAAGCGGAGCUCAAAUAGGAACCGGUGAAGGACAUACAGGGAAUGUUCAAGCAUGUACCCUUGGAGAGACUUAUACAGGAACAAGUGGAAUUCAACAGCAAGGUUACUCUCAAGGGAAUAGUGGAAUUUUGCAUUAUGCUCAUGGGGACAGUCAAAAAACACACUUAAUGCAAAAAGGAAGAACAUCACUUAGUGUUGGAGUGUGUACUGGGAAACGCCCAAAUCCAGAAGAAGGAACUCAGAGCAUUGGUCCAAAAGUCCAGCGACAGAGCAGUAAUUAAUGGGGUAAAACUGAGUUGUGAAAGAAAUGGUUGAUAAAAUACAUUCUAGUCUCACAAAGAGGAACUAAGUGUGCCUGCUGCAUAUUUGGGAGUAUAACUUCCAGUGAAGAAGUGGACCAAACACCCUUGCACCUAAAAUCCUCUGUGGCAGUGGCCAAGAACUCCCUGCCAUUAAUUUCAUACUUCUAGCAGUCGUAUAAGCUUAUCCUGAGUGUGACUUGUAUUCAUCUAGUUUAUAGACACCUAGUUUCUGUUUUUCCAUUGAAUUGUGAAUUAAUGUGGUGUUUUUUUUCUUUGAAUUGAAUGCUGAGAGAUAAAAAUAUUCACUUGAAACCCACUAGUCAUUUGUGUAAUAUCUUGGGUAAUGGGCAGUAUUUAUUUUGUUUUCUUGAAAAUAUUUGUUAAUUUUUAUGCACACCAAUUUAUUUUUAUACUGGGAUCUUUUUAAAAAAUUAUUUCAUCUGUUGGUAUUUUCUGCAGAUGACUCUUUUCUUUCCCCUAAGCUUUUGUAGCCUAAGCAGUUUGGUAUUUUCUUAUUUUAUAUUCAUUUUUCUCCUUUCCCUUAAGAUAGACUAGAUGCAUUCAGGCUAAUCUAUGACUACAUUGCACAUAUGUUUACCUAUGUAGCUUGGAGCAUUUUUCUCUUUGGACUUGAAAGUUCUUGUAUUGCUUCAUGUGCAUCAAAAGCAAACUUACCAAUCAGUUUAGAAUAAUUAGCCAUGAACGUCUUUUGUUCAGAAAAAGCUUAGGCUAUCCUUUCCUUCUUGAGGUUUGGGAAGGGUGUGAUUUCUAAAGCAUUCUGAGCUAACAGCUUCUUAGAAAAGAUGGAGAGCUUAGACCAUUGAAGAGCUCCAUCUUUAUCUCUUGGAUAGAUGUCAAGAAAAGUUAAUAAAAUAUUUAUUGCCGAUUUUUUACCAUCUGGCACACAACAGUGGAAUAACCUAUUUUCUGGGUCCCCAGCAUGGUGCAGGUGCAAGAAGCUGACAUGUACCUUGAUGCCCACCAAGCAUACUACCUAAUUUUAAAAAAAAACAGGAAGCCAGCAUGCUGCAGAACAUCAGCUUCAGGCAUAAUUUCUGUCUCUAUGCUUGACAUACAGAGGCAUUAUUCACAAAUAGAUAAUGGAUGGCUAUAGUGCAUUGUUUUGUUACGUUCUGGUAACAAAACAAUGAUAUCUUCUGAUUUGGUAUCUUCUGAUUGACCAUACCCACUAUUGUAACAAAUUUGUGAGAGUGCCUGUAAAAUACUCUUAAAAUUUCAAAUAGGCCCACUAUCCCAGAAAGAUUUGUGACCCCACUGGUUGUAUUUUUGAUUUAUACCUAAAAUAAUACAGUCAUAAAGAGUUGCUUCGGCGGUUCUAUAGCACUGUAAUGUAGCACGAACCCAGUAUUAUGGAUUUAACAUGUUAUCAGACUUCACUGAUCAUUGCCUCUGCUACAAAUUCAGUUCCUCCCUCCCUCCCCAUUAUCCAGUCAGUAGCAUCCAUUUGUCCAGUGCUAUUUCUGUGGUUUUUUUCUCACUGUGUAUGUGCACAAUCCUUGAUUUCAGUAGUCGAAAUAUAUCAGUAUUUGCAUUUUUAAGCCAAAGAGGUCUUUUGCUGCAAACAUAUAGACCUUAAGUUUAUUUAUGGAAGUUAUUUUUUGAUGUAGCAUUGCAUGGAGCCAGUAAGUUUUAAGUUGGUAGUUCAAGUACUUCAGUUUAAUAUAAGACACCAGUCUCAUACCUUUUUAAAAAGAGUUUUUUUCCCAUUUGUAACUGUAAUAAGUUCCCAGAUGUUUCCUCUACUCAGCUUUGAUAGCAAAUGUUCAGCUGCAGUCUUAUUCACACUUAGGGUAAGGUUACAUGCGUGUAGAUCCAGUUAAACUCAUUAGGGCUUUAUUCAUAGUUGUACAAAGGACUGCGGUAUUUUUUAACAUACGUAAUUUGGCGCGCAGGAUCCUUUUCUUUCUUGUCUUUGUUGCCAUAGUUGACAUGUGUUGUUAACUGCUUACUGAAAUCCCUGUAUUUAUUUCCUUUGCCUCUUUUCUGCUUCUUUUUGUCUCCCCCCCCCCCCAACUUUUGGAUUUGUCAUUGCUAAAGGCGCUACAUUUUGGAGUCUUUAUAGCACCUUACAAUCCAACUUCUACCAUCUGCCAGUCAAGUAUUACAAGGAGAGAGAGUUUGUAUUUUUAGUUAAAAAGCAAAUAACUAAAAAUAAUUUAAAACAUACUUUGCUAAUUACUAGAUAACUUUUCAGACUCAACAAGCAUAGGAACUACUUUGAAUAUUAAUUAGCAAAAUAUAUUAAAAGGUUUCUUGAAUUAUUUCCUAAUGGAUUGAUUUAUUUUUGUCUUACAGCAUUGCUGAAAGGGAAGGAUCCACACCCUAAUUUUCAGUUUUUGUGAGAUGCUUGUAUUAAAAUAUGCAUUUUCAUACAUUUACUUUCAGACAGUCUGAAUAGUUCUAAACACUAUGAAUUUUUGGACUGUAUUGUUUCUAACUGGCCUUUCUAUGGUUUUUAAAAUUUUAAAUGACUUUCACUAAGGACAAAUAGAGAUUUGUAAAUAACGCGUUUGACAAUGAGUUUAGUAGCAAUGUAAAUAUAAGCAUUCAUGAUUAGUGAUAUUCAUCUAUUUUUGAUAUUUCAUGUAUGGCUUUCAUAGGUUUCAUAGAUAGAUAUAAAAUAGAUAAUGUCUGAACUACAGUGUUGGUCCUUUUUACAUCUUUUUUUUUUUAAUUUGGAACAGAAUUUUUGACCACUUCAUGAUCUAGGCUCUCACUUUUCAAAUGUCUUAUUUGCCAGUGUAUAAAAUAUACUAAAGAUGUUAAUUUUGAAAACCAACUGUAUAUAAAACCUUUAUGCCAAUAUUUUUGUUAAAGUACAAAACUGUCACGAACAUGUGUUCCAUCCUUGUGUUUCCCACUGCCUUUGUGUAAUCAGUGAGGAUGCUUGAUUAAUAAAAAAUGUGUAUAUUCAGAUUAUUUAGCCUGCA